AAUUGUUCCUUACCCGACGUUUAUUAAGUACUGACAGGUCAUGUAGCACACGGUCCAACAACACCCCCACCACUCAUUAUGGCCCUCGCCCCCGCCGGAUACAACUAUGCCAAGGGCGCAGGCAUCGAGUCCUUCCCAGCCGCCGUCGUCUUUGCGGUCCUUUACGCCCUUUUGCUCGUGUUCUUUCUAUUCAAGUCCUUUACGCGUCCGACGUUUGUCUUCUUCGUUCUCGCGUUCUUCUGUCUCCUUCGUUUUGUCGGUUUUAUCAUACGUGCAUUGCUGGCACAGGUGCCUGCAGAUGGCGAAAACAUCAACCUCUUCAUAGCGUAUGAGGUCAUCUACAACACCGGCUUCUUCGGUAUCAUAUACUCUACCUACACUCUCAUCUUGGACAGAGUCGCAUUCGCCAAGAAUCUACCCCGCGGCCCCAUUUACUACCUCCUCAAAAGGCGCUUCCUCUUCCGCCUCGCUUUGACCGCUGCUGUCUCCAUCGGUAUCACUGGCUCAAUUCAGGCCCUCCUUGGAACGCAACCCUCGACUAUCUCCACCGGAAACACCCUUCGCAAGGUCGCGAUUUACAUUUUCCUCGUUUGCGUCAUCCUCGUUUUCUUACAGGCAUUCAUCCUUGCACGUGUCGAGUUUUCAGAGGGUGGUUACAGCAGUGUCACCCAUAGUCCAGGUGGAAAGUACGGCAUUUAUUUGCUUAUCGUCGUCGCCCUUCUCCUCGUCGCAAGAGAAGCCUUCUUUGCCGCGACGAUUAACAAGCAGACGAUCCAGGAAAGCCUAUGGUAUCCCCUUGCGGCUCUGACCGAACUGCUUGCUGUCAGUCUAUUUACGAUACCCGGCCUCGUGCCAGCCCGUUCGGAGAUCCCCCACGACUCCGAGUGGGCGUAGGGCAAUGUGUUCGCAAUAUGCCCUGUUUUUCUGUGUUCUUCGUGUCUGGAGUGUGUGUAUGGGUUGCCUAGAAUACGAAUAAGACGAUUUGCUUGAAACUGUUUUCUUUUGUUCCGUGCGCAAAGCAGGUGACAGCCUGGCCCUUUUGUUCCCCGAUUUCCGCGAGAUGAUGUCUACGCAGGGCACACAUCCUCUGUCCC